CUAGGAAUUCCGACUGUGAAAAGGGACAAACAAAGUUAUUUAAUGACGACUCUCCAAAAUUUGAUGGAAGCCAUGAGUGAAUCAGAAGCUGAUGACUCUAUAGUUAUUGUUUUUGUGGCAGAAACCGAUUUGGAUUAUGUGCUUUUAGUUGCUAAACAAAUAGAAUUGAGGUUUCCUAAACAGGUUUCCUCUGGUUUACUAGAAGUCCUAGCACCACAUCCCUCCUAUUAUCCAAAUUUGGACAAAUUAAGGAUAACCCUAGAUGAUCCUAUCGAACGAGUCAGAUGGAGAACGAAGCAAAAUUUGGAUUUUGCCUAUUUAAUGACCUAUGCUCAAACUAAGGCCACGUUUUAUGUACAAUUAGAAGACGAUAUCUUGGCUAAGAAAAAUUUUAUUUCUUCCAUGAAGAAUUAUGCCAUCGAAAAAACCGCGAGGAAGGAACCGUGGUUCGCGUUGGAUUUCUGCCAACUGGGAUUUAUUGGUAAAAUGUUUAAAUCAGCCGAAUUACCAUGGUUAAUCACAUUUUUCCAAAUGUUCUAUAAUGAUAAACCUGUGGACUGGUUACUGGAUCAUCUUAUUUCCACAAAAAUAUGUAAUUGGGAAAAAGAUAGUAAACAUUGUAAGAAAGAAAAGGCCAAAGUGUGGAUACAUUACAAACCCAGUUUGUUCCAACACAUUGGAAUGCAUUCGUCUCUCAAAGGAAAAGUUCAAAAGUUGAAAGAUAAACAAUUUGGAAAAGUACCUCUGUACAUUCCUCACAAAAAUCCUCCAGCUGAUGUCCAGACAGGAAUAGCAGCCUACAAGCAGAACACUUUGGCAAAAGCUUAUGCAGGAGAGGGAUACUUCUGGGGUCUUUUGCCAGAACCAGGAGAUAGUCUUCUAUUAAAUUUAAACAACCAAUUGCAUUAUCUUUUCCGAAGUGGCAACGCAGAACAUCCAUCAGACAGAUUCUACAAUACUACUGUAGAGUUUACCAGCAUCUCCAAAAGUAAUUAUGAUGUCGGAUCUCGCUACAAUUCCACAAAUGAUGUUAUAAUUGUAAGUAAGUUUGAUUCUACUGGUCUAGCUUAUGGUACUCUGGACGACCCUGAAUUUGGAAAAAUUGCUGCUAUCAGACUUAAGGUACAUGCUGAUUCUGAAAACUGGGCGAUACUAAGCGAGGUGAGGAUAAAAUAUUAG